AUGGAUGCCAAAGCGUUCACCAUAGCGGACUCUACCGACUGGCUUGGCACGGUGCUCGCAGACUUCGCGCCUUUGGAGUCGGCGCUGCGGUGCCAGGUAUGCAAGGACUUUUUCGACACGCCGAUGAUGACGUCGUGCUCACACACCUUCUGCUCGCUAUGUAUUCGCCGCUGCUUCGCCGCCGACGGUCGCUGUCCCACCUGCCGUGCCGCCGAUCAGGACUCGAAACUCCGUCGCAAUUGGACCGCCCAAGAGCUCGUCGACACCUUCCAGAGGGCCAGACCCAGCGCGCUAGAACUGGCGAGGAGAGGCGUGGCAGAGACCGGCCCCGAGAGUGGCCCAGGAGCAAAAAAGGCGCGAGGACGCGGGAGCGAGAAGAAGAGGAAGCUAGACGAGAUUCAGGACUCGGAGGACGGAGAGGACCAGAGCGAAGAAGAGGCUGAGCGCAGGCCGGUGCGCAAGACAAGGACCCAACCUUGCAGGUCUUCUACCAGCUCGCGGACUCCUGAGAUCAUUGACUUGGAGGAUGACGGUGACGGAGACUUUGUAGCAGAAGAAGAGGACGAGGAGGCUCAACCAAAUGACGGUCUGGUCGCAUGUCCCAUGUGCAACAAGCGCAUGAAAGAGGAAGCUGUCUUCUCGCAUCUCGAUCGCUGCGACGGCCAAGACAAAGAUGACGCUUAUUUGCGAGCAACGCGGACACGGCAAAACAAGACAGCAGCCUCGACCCAUCCUCUCCAGCGCUCCCGCAAUGGUCUAGCCCCCUCGAGAAAUACAGAGCCCUUACAGCGUCUCCCGCAACUCAACUACUCGCUCCUUAAAGACACAGCCCUUCGCAAGAAGCUUUCGGAACUUGGUAUACCGAGUACUGGCACCCGCCCCCAGCAAAUCAAAAGACACACCGAGUGGGUCAAUCUUUGGAAUGCGAACGUCGACUCGCUUCGACCGCGGACAAAGAAGGAGCUGCUAUCAGAAUUGGAUAAAUGGGAGCGAAGCCAAUCGUUGGAGAGCGGCGGCAUUAUCGGCAGCACGAGUGGUUCGCAGGUCAUGAAGAAGGACUUUGACGGCGACGGUUGGGCAAAGAACAACAAGAGUCAUUUCGACGAGUUGAUUGCGGCAGCCAGGAGCAAGCGUGCUGCGCCGAAGGUCGAAAGUGAGAACUUAGAAGAGAAGAACGAAGAGGCAACAUCUUCAGAAACGAACGGUACUAUGCCUCCUGCGAGCGUGGAGAACCUAGAAGAAGGCAAAGAGGCUCAUCCAUACGAAGACAAUGAGGGAGCUAUUGAGAAGGUGCGUGACAGAGUCGACGACGCUGCCAGCGGUCGUCCAUCGCUUCCGCACCGCAACUCGAACACGAUGGAGGAUGCGAACAGUACCACUACAGCUGCCGAUCAUACGCAGGCCCCAACCUCGUCGAGCCAGGCGACAGGAUCGCCUUCAAAGUCGGCCUCGGCUGACCGAGAGAAGGUACCUUCGUCGUUGCCGGCACAUUUGGCUUCGUCAAAGGACGUACGGAAAAGGCCCAUGUUCGAGGUCCCAUCGGAGCCGAUCAUCGACAUGGAUACAGAGCAUGGUAGAUAA